UUCGAAACAUCGUUAUGCGAUUGAUUUUUUUUUUUAAUUUGGGGCACAAAAUGCACAGAAAACCAUGCAUUACCGAUCAACUGUACGUAGCUUUACAUCUAGGCAGCUAUGCCUACAGUAACUGGAGAAUUUUCUGGCAAAGGUAGCCUGUAAUGUCCUUGACAGGAUAUGACGAUACAUUGAUAUCCGCUACUCCUUUUAACAGUGAAACACUAGAAGCGUCCCGGGGUCCACCAAUUUGACAAUCCAAAUUCGUAACAAGAAAAUCUACCUGGAAUUAUGGUUCGGGUUUUGGAAUAGGGAGAGAUAUUUUGCUUUUCAUUAAUUAUACGAUAGCCAUGCGGCUUCCAAAGUGAUAUCAGGGAAACCUCGUGGGCCAAGUCGCCUGUGAGUGACGGAGCCUUUAGCCUAUUAUGUCCUUUUCUAGCAGCCAAGGGGAUUUGCUACCUUGUCGUAGGUAGGUGGAGAUUAAAAUUGAGUGAACCAAUCAGGGGGUCACCGACUGAGACAAGUCCGGGCAUAUGUCACAUCUGAGAGAAAGUGCACGUGUAGGCCGGGAUCUUGUCUCCUGGAGCGUAUGAAGGAGCAAUGCCUGGUAGAUGUGAAUUAGGAGGGUCUUCUAAUAGCAGGGACAGAACUCCUGUCUCUUCCCCCGGGGCACCCUUGAACUGUCCCAGACCCACUGCUGUACAAAGUGAUGCAGGGUGCCACAGGCUGGCAGAGAGACCGGGUGGCAAGAAGAGCCAUCCUCGCAAGAGACAGCGGCUGCUGGCUUGGAGGGCCGCUCUGGAGAAUGCUGGGGUUCUGAAGAAGAAGAACAGGCUGAAAGUCCCCUCUGCGCACCACUCCUCGGGCGGUGGAGGAGAGGAACAGCGGUCUCUGAAGGCGGCGGCAGUGGGAACGGGCCUCUCGAAGGGCACCGUUGCCGAGGAGGACCCAGCCACGCGCAGCCCCGCCAUGCCACCCCCAGCCAACGACCACCCGGAGGGCACCCGUGGGAGUUCUUCAGUGGCCAGCCCGCCCUGCCCCUGCCUCAGCCCGGCCAAGCUGGUGGCUCUGGACUGCGAGAUGGUGGGCACGGGCCCUGAGGGGCGCAGCAGUGAGGUGGCGCGUUGCAGCCUGGUGGGCUACUACGGAGACGUCCUGUACGACAGGUACAUCCAGCCCCUGCAGCCCGUCAAGGACUACCGCACCCGCUGGAGCGGCAUUCGCCAGCACCACCUGCUCCACGCCGUGCCUUUCCGAGAGGCACAGAGAGAGAUUCUGCAGAUUUUGAAAGGGAAAAUAGUAGUCGGGCACGCCUUGCAUAAUGAUUUCCGGGCCCUAGGCUAUUUUCACCCUUGUCACAUGACCAGGGAUACCAGCCGUCAGCCACUGUUGAAAAAGCUGGCCAAUUUCCAGGCCAAGGAUGGCAUCUCACUGAAAAAACUUGCCAGGAGGCUUCUUAAGAGGGACAUUCAGGUGGGCAGGGCUGGACACAGCUCAGUGGAAGACGCCACAGCAGCCAUGGAUCUGUACCGAUUGGUGGAAAGGCAGUGGGAGCAGGAAAUGCAGGACAAGAUGUUAAUGGCAGACACAAGCCUUGUGCCGGACCCCAUCUCCUCCCCCAGCCACUACAUGCAGGACCAGUACUGGCCAGAGGACCUGAAUGAGGAUUGUAAGUAAGACCAGACAGUCACAGGAGGGUUUUUAGCUGCCUCACAGUCUUAGAGCAGUAAUGCUCAAUCCUGGGACCUCAGGAGGUACAUUAUCAUCAGGUUUUCAUUUUCAUUCCAUCUUAACGAGCUAGCUAAGUGUUUAACUGGACUUAUGUAACACUCUUCAGACAGAGCCUUGCAGCUGCUGAUUAAUUUAAGGGGACCUAGGAAAUGUUCUCGGUAUUGAGUUAUGCACGUUUUUUGCACACAUCUACGGUUGAAUUCCACUGUGUGCGUGUCGGUGUCAGUUUCCAGAAUUAACAUCAGUUUUUGUGUGGGAUCAUGACCACAGUGGCCUAAUGUGUGAUGGUGGUGCUACACACGAAUACUGUGUGGGAAUCGCUUCCGUUCUUUUCUCAUGUGUUUUGAACAGUCGCAGUCUGUUCAAAAGACCUUGUGGCACUAGGACAUUAUUUGUAGGUUGUGAAGCUAUAUGUCCCUAAAUAUUACCUCAUAUGAAAUGUUUUGGAGGAAGCAGGAUUCAUCUCCUGAAGAUGGAAAAGUCCUAGCCUUUCUGUAAGUAAUGCAGAAAAUCCAACUGUGAUGUUUGAAACAUAAGAGGUGCUCAGAUUCUGCAGAUUCAGAUGUUCUUACUGCAGGAUGGCGCAGUAUUUUGAGAGCAACAAGAGGUGUCCCAGUAACACAAAGUCUGGGUUUCUGCUGGUUUUUUAUUUUCGUCGAAGAUGCCUUUGAUUGAAAGAUUUCUGCUUGAUGACAAGACGUUCAUUAAAAAGCAGUGCUGCUAAAUGCCAUUUUCAGUGUAUCUUGUAAAUCAGUGGUCUUAAAUGAGGCCAACAUAUUUGCAUACUGUUUCUGAAACAUUGAAACUGACCCCUAUGGUACAGUAUAUGUAGGAAAGAAACAGAAAGCCCUUAUUCUUUUUGUGUGAUUAUUAUUAGACCAUUUGUAUAUUCAAUCCAUCUGUGGUUGUCAGUUUCUUUAGUUUCAGAUACAUGGAAUGGAAGUUUUCUUAAGGCAUUAUAAUCUCUAAUUUAAAACACCCAAUUAAGGUGCCCAGUUUUAACGGAUGAAGCACUCAUUGACGUUGCAAUGCAGUGUGUUUAAAAUCUGCUCUUUUCUUUUUUGUGCCUGGAUCUGAUUUUUUCUGAGAUUUAUCAGUUUGCUCAGUCAAGGAUUAAUUAGGCACUGAAAUACUGUUUGCACAUAACUGGUUUAAUACCUUAUUGUUUUAAACUUUAAUUUGUGUUGAAAUAAAACUUUUAAAUGAA